UCGUGUUACCAUGAGAGGCAAUAAAAUGAUCUAAGGGUCUAUAAUCAUACACAUAGAGUAGUUCUUAUACAGGGAAGGAAUCAGUCAUGACACAGAUGCGUAGAGUAGUGCUAAUACAGGGAAGUUCAGUCAUGGCCCUGAUGAAUGGAAAAUAUACUAUCUCUGAACUUAAAACAUUACUACAACUUUUGCUCUGUGUGAUUUUCUUGUGCCAGGUGACCAAAGCUGCAAAUUCAUCAGAAACCAGUAUAAACUGGCAUGGGAAGAUCUACAAAGACUUCAUUGAUAAUGGAGUGUAUACACCUCAUGUAUUCCCAGGACGAGGCAAUGGAACACCAAUCGUUGUAUCAGCAAGUUUAUCUCUUUCCACUCUGCAAGACAUUGAUGAGAAGAAUCAAUUGCUGAAAACAGCGGGUUGGGUCAUGAUGUUGUGGAAAGAUGAGAGUUUCCAAUGGAAUCCUGAGGAUUAUGGAGGAGUGGAGAAAAUCCAUGUGCCUAAUCAUCAUAUCUGGAUACCUGACCUUACAUUUAUAAAUAGCUUGAACCUCAAAACAUUCCAAUAUGGUUCAGACAAUAAAGCCAUGAUCAACUAUAGUGGUUAUGUAAAUUUUGGUCCAGGGCAUAACUUUGUCACGUCCUGUGCAAUUGAUGUUACAUACUUCCCAUUUGAUGUACAGACAUGUCGUUUGUAUAUGACUUCUUGGGUGUAUGAUGAUAGUCAACUCAAACUGACAACUGACCCAUGGCCAAAAGUAGUUAAUCAUAGUGGACUAGACAAUCAUGGAGAGUGGAUUGUUGAAGACACAUGGGUUGAACUUCAAACAGUGCCUUACAACGUUAAUCCUUAUGAUGGAAAUGGAGAAACAAACUAUACAGUCAUUCAAUGUAACUUAAGGUUUAGUCGGAUGCCAUUGUAUUACAUGGUGAAUGUGAUCUGCCCAUGUUUUCUGAUCACAUUACUGAGUGUGUCAGUGUUCUGUUUACCAUCUGGUUGUGGGGAGAAGAUAUCGCUUGGAAUUACUGUGUUAUUGUCAUAUGUUGUAUUCCUACUCAUCGUGGUUGACAUGAUGCCUCCAAGAUCUGACAAAAUGCCACUACUGGGUGUAUUUCUGGCUAUUGUAAUGAUCCUGACUGCUUCUUCUAUUCUGAGUUCUAUAUUGGUGGUCUCAAUGGAUGACAAGGCCUCUUAUUCCUGGCCCUCACCACACCUCCAGGCCUUCACAACAUUCAUGGCCAGAGUAUUGUGUGUGUCAAAUAAACUGCAUAAGAGUAGUGCAAAACAGAACUCCAAACUGACACAAGUUCGUCCAUGUGAAGAUAUGAAGAUUAAAAGUGAAGUUGAUGUGUAUACGUGCCAAGACAGCAAUAUGGAUGGAGAAUACAAAACGGCUGAAGAUCCUGAUCAUAGGCACACUGUAGCCUUGCAAGGAGAGAAAGGGCUUGGGUUGGAGAGCCAUGAUUGGAAGUUUGUUGCCAGAGUGGUAGACAGAUUCUUGUUAUAUCUCUAUUUAAUAAUCUUAUCACUGCUAUGCCUUGUAAGUCUUGUGCUCUGGCUUAUGCCUAAAGCCAAGUAGUCAAACAAA